UCCUAAGUUCCUCCACGUUCACCUCUAAACGUUUGUCCUUCAGAAAACUCCAGUGUCUGCCGGAUUGCUUCCUAGGUGCUGCCUGCACGCCUCAGGGAUUCGCCCUGAUCCAACAUAACUUCCGUUCACCUUAGGAAGUCCCUCUCAUCGCCUUAGUUACCGGGAAGCGAGAAUGAUGACGUGUGGCACCGGAAAAAGGAGGGGCACCGUGCGGAGGAAACUGAAGCUGGCCGGGAAAAGGUUUGCUUUGGCCACCUUGUGCGGUAAGGACCGCCGGCGCCCCAGAACUACAAUUCCCAGAAUGCCACGGUGCAGGCUCCUCGGCGGAUGCAGUCUGGAGCUCCCGGUACUACAGGUUCGGCUGCUGGGGGACACUGGAUCCUCUGGGCUCAUGGCUUCCCCAAGCAAGGCAGUUAUUGUUCCCGGGAACGGAGGCGGGGAUGUGGCCACGCACGGCUGGUACGGCUGGGUGAAGAAAAGGCUGGAGCAGAUACCUGGUUUCCAGUGUUUGGCUAAAAACAUGCCUGACCCAAUUACAGCUCAAGAGAGCAUCUGGCUGCCCUUCAUGGAGAUGGAGCUGCACUGUGAUGAGAAGACUGUCAUCAUAGGCCACAGUUCUGGGGCCAUUGCAGCCAUGAGGUAUGCAGAAACACACCAAGUAUAUGCUAUCGUGUUAGUGUCUGCAUACACCUCCGACUUGGGGGAUGAAAAUGAGCGGGCCAGUGGUAAGUUUGAAGGCAGAAACCAGUACAGAAAAGCCCUUGCUCUAGUCACAGGGAUGUUUGUUCAGGUUAAACAGCACUGGCUUUUGGAUAGGCUAAAAAAAAACCUCUAG